UUAUUGCAAUGGAUAUCAGGGAACUGUUACUCAAAGGACUUUCUUCUACAGAACCCAUUGUUGGUUGCCGUCGUUUUUUCUUGCGAGAAGUUUGUUUCAGUAUUCAUUUCGUAGUUAUAGGAAAAUUCCUAAAAAUUACUAAAAUAAGAAGAACAUUGAAGAGGCGACAAACAACUUUGCGACAGCAUAUCAAACGAUAUCACCAUUCGAUAAAACUAAGCAAUGAGAGAAAAUUGAAACAAAAUUCCAGCAAAGCGAAUAUCAAACAAGCCUCAGUAGAGAAUGACGAUGAUGGGAUAAGCCAAUAUAGGAAAAUAGUUUUACAAAGAAGUGAGGUUGAAAGAAUUAAUAUUGAUAAUAAAGCAAAAGUAAUCAGCACAGCACUUCAGACCAUAGCCAUACAAAAAGUCCAAUUCAAAAACGUUGCUACAGAAACUGAAAGGAUUUCACUGAAAACAACUGCAGAACAAACCGAUCCAAUUGAUGUGAAUUUUUCUUCAAAAUCAAGUCAAACCGAAUACCAUGAAUCGGCAAAUAUUGGAUUACAAUGUGAGAACAGCACUACACAGAAAUGCAGUCAAACCGAUGAUGUAGUUAUGGCUUCUAUAGCCACCCAAGUGGGUCUAAAAUUAGCUGAAAACAUAUCUCUAAACGAUAACGAGUCGGAUAAUGGGCCCUUGCUUUAUGUUUUAAAUGAAAUCGGAGAGCUGGUUUUAACUCAAAACCGCAUGCUGUGCGAUAAUACCAAAAUGUUGCAUGAAAUAUCCAGAAAAUUUAAGCCAUCUAUUUGGGAGAAAUUUAAGAGGUAGA